AUGGGGGCGGCUGCCGGCGGGGACGCCCAGGAGGGGUCAGCGGCGGUGGCUCCGCUGGACCCCGGGCGCGGGCUGCCCCUGCCCCGGGCGGCCGGGAGCCCUGCGGCGUCACAGGACAAGCUCUUCUUAAUCAAAGGUGGAAUUUUUCUAGGUACCGUUGCUGCAGCAGGAAUGAUAGCAGGUUUUGGCACCACGCUUGCCAUGACAAAAAAGAAGAACCCAGACUGGUUCAGUAAGGGGAUUACUGCCACAGCUGCAUUACCAGAGAGUGGUUCGUCACUGGCCUUAAGAGCCCUAGGAUGGGGCUCACUCUACGCAUGGUGCGGAGUUGGAUUGCUCAGUUUUGCCAUCUGGAAGGCCCUGGGUGUUCACAGUGUGAGUAGCAAAUGAAAGAAUUCCAAACUAAAAUGCAGUCAAUAUUUCCAGCAAUUCCUAAAAAUAGUGAGUCCACUGUUGAAUGGGAAGACUUACUUAAAUCCAAGUGAAAGACUCAGAGCUGCUUGGAGAUGUCUCUUGAAGCAAGAACAGGAGCGGAAGUCGCAGAAGUGUCCCAUCUGAAAAACAGAGACGAAAACUCAGACUGAGCAAGUUGCUGACUGAGUUCACUGAAGCUGGGGAUGCCAGUUAACAUCUAGCAACAAGGGAGUUCAAAACAAAACAUAACAAGCUAUUUAUAUUGUCAUUUUCAGCAUGCUUGGUAUAAUUGAUUUGUGAGGAAAUGAACCCUCCCAGACAAGUUGGCUCCAACUUGAAAAAAGGCUUUAUCGUAUGAAGACUUAAAGAAGAAAUUGAUUUUCAGUAGUAAAUAUAAGGACAAAACACCAAUAAACUCUUAUCCCAUCCUGCUUCCUAUUUUAGGAAAUUUCUGUAGUAAACAAAGAACAGUACUUUCGGUGACAUUUACAUGUCCCAGUAGGAAUAUAACCAUCAAGUCAAUUAUAACAGAUCUUUUACUGAGCCUAAAGGUGCGGUCUUCUAAAAAUAAAGGAGAUAUUUAAAUUUGCAACAGAGAAAGUAUCUAAUCCAAACUAUUUUUAUAUGUCUGAAGGGAAAGUUUAAAACAUCCAAUAUGCAAGUAGUGACCUACUGAGCUCUUCUGUAGAGCACCAGAAGAGAUCUCUACCCAAGUGCAUUGUUUUCUCAAGUAUUGUUUUUUUUUAUUGGAUCCCACAAUAGUGAAUCUGAUAGUUUGCAUAAAAGUCUGUACUAUAUUUUUAUAGCAAGUUAAGUUGUAAGUGAAAAAGGCAUAAAAUAGCGAGACACACAGUCUGUCCUACGCAAACAUUUUCAGCUAAGAAAAUGUAUGGGCAGGACUAGAUUUUUUUGUAUUUCAGUGGUUCCUGUGGCUCUUCUACCAAGAGAAGCAACGUGACAUUUUCCACACUGCAGUAAUCUCAUGAAGUGUGGGCGUAAACUAGGAAGAAUAAUGUCUUACUCAAACAUUGUGUUUGCAGAACUGUAGAUCUGUAAAAAUGCAGAGAUAAAAAAAAAUGCUAUCAGUGAACAAUCCUUUGUUGAAUGCUCAAUUAUCAUUUUUUUUUAUUAAUUGCACACAGUCCAAUUAGUCAGUUGUCAGAUUUAAUAAAGUCCACUUAAAACCUGUCUUUUGUGAUUAAGUCUUUAUAUUCCUAGGAAAGAACAUAAAAAAAAAAGCUUUAAAUGUCAGAUGAAUAAUAGAGAAGUAUGGUUUUCCUAUGAAACAUGACAGCACUAAAAUAUCUUUAAAGCAAUUGAAGUGUAAUAGUUGACAUCUUUUCCAUUGCUUGAUGCUUGUAAUCCAAUAUUAAAUAAAUUGUGGUGAAUACUGCCAUCAUAUGCACAUGAAAAAUGGUACUAUUUUCAUACUUUUGUUAGUUUGUGUGCAUGGUGAUACCUGUAUUUCCUGUGCUUAUUCAUAUUAGUGCUGAGUUCCCAAGUUUAACAAGUAACCAGGUUAUUAAAACUGGUCAAGUACUAAACUGAAGUAAAUAAAUGCAAAUCACAUGAUGUCCUUAAGGUUGCUUACCUUUAGUUUCUAAAGUGGGAUCUGUCUUUAUCUGGAUUAAAUAACUCACCUACGUCAGUCAUCUAAAGUUCCGGGCACAGUCACUGGAGAAAGACGGGCUCUUCAGAGGGUGACUUGCACUGUACUAAAAUGAAUGGAAUUGUGCAAAGCAUCUGAUCUGACCUACCUGCUGGCUGCCUCUGAAAAGAGCUGCUCUACCCUUGCUUACCUCCCAUCAGCACAGGGACUGUGUGAGAACACAGUUCAGGAGAAACUUUGAAGAAAAAUGAGUAGUUUUCUAGCACUUCAGAGCUCUGAGGGUUAGACAAGAGCUGGUCCUGGCACAAGAGAGUUGUCCCUUCUGGUAAUGAUUAGCCAUUGGAUCAAUGUAACUGUAUUAUUAAAAAACCCACAAACUUCUGACAGAUAGGAUGAAUUAGAUCUGGAGGUACCCAGUUAUAUGGACAUACUAGAUGAUGCUCUUCAAAAAAUCCUGGUAUAGUGAAAUGCACAGAUAGAAAUCUUUAAAAUAGAAUCACACUUAAAGGGCAAGUACAGAAUGAUCAAGUAAAUCUGUGUUGACGUUUAAGGCUGAACAUAAACCAGAAGAAACAGUAAGAGGAAUUCUUACAUCAUCUUAUUAUUCCAAGCUUUAUUCUGUGCUUUUUGGCUGGAAAUGAGUUUUUUUUCUAGAUAAAUGUUUGUGUAUGUAUAUGUGCAUAAUGGAAAAGUAAAUCAAACCUCAAGCCACAUGAAAAACA